AUGACUAAGGGCUCAGAAGGGAUUUGGGUGGUUGGAUAUGGGUCUUUAAUUUACAAACCUCCACCUCACUGGAAAUAUAAAGUCAACGGAAUUGUAUAUGGGUUCAAAAGAAGAUUUUGGCAAUCGAGUAUAGACCAUAGGGGUACACCAGAUUCACCAGGUAGAGUUGCGACUUUGAUCCCAUUUGAUGGUAUCACGAAUAAUGCUGAAUUUGAAAAGGAUCUGCGAACCUGGAAUUCUAAGGUCGUAGCCAAACAGGAUGACUUAAAACUUUUAGCAGUAGCUUAUUAUAUCCCACCAGAACAUGCUCAAUUCGUGACGGAACAUCUAGACGUGCGUGAAAAGAACGGAUAUACUGCGCAUAGAAUUUUCAUACAUUUGCAACCCCCAAAAAGCGAGCCACUGGAGUUACAAGCACUAUUACAUAAACUUCCCGUCCAUGAAACAACGGGCAAACAUAUUUUAGAUUCGCUGGUUUACAUUGGAACUUCGGAUAACGAGGCCUUCAUCGGCCCAGAGGAUAUUAAUGUCACUGCAAAAGUGAUAUCACAUAACCUGGGGCCUAGCGGACCCAAUUACGAGUACUUGAAGCUCUUACAUGAUUCAUUGACCGAGAUGGCAGAUGAAUUAGGACAAAGUCUCGAGGAAAUUGAGGAUUCGUACUUAGAUUCUUUGCUGAAACAAACAGAACAGCUGAGAAGUAUUGUCCAGAGCUAA